UGCGACCUAUUUCAAUAAUAAUUGGAUAAAAAAUGGCGCUUACAUUCAUUACCAUCUAUAGCAUAUAAAUAGUACUACUAGUUACCGUCUUCGUGUCGCUAAUAUCGCAGAGUAGGUAUUGACAGCAGUUGAUAGGUAACAAAUGAAAUGUUCAAUUCAUAAAUAUAACCCAAAUCAAUUGUAAACAUGUCGUUAGCAAAUAAUGUCGUGAUGGAAAAUGGAGAGCAAUAUAUACCCGCUUCUCAAAGACCUGACGGUACUUGGAGAAAAGCUAGACGCGUUAAAGAAGGUUAUGUACCACAAGAAGAAGUUCCAUUAUAUGAAAGCAAAGGAAAACAAUUUAUGACUAGAAAGAAUGAUCCGGUUAUAUUAGCUACCGGGCAAGUUGCCAAAAAAGCUACUAUACCCGGUUUGUAUAUCGUGGAUGAUGAUGUUGGUGAAAAAAAGAAAAAAUCCAAGAAAAAAAUUGAAGAAGUAGGGAAACUUUUAAACAGUGUUAAGCUGACAGAUACACCGAAACAAAAAGACACCAAACCAAUUAAAAAAGAACAAAAAAACGAAGGCGGGGAUCCAGAAAAGAAAUUGAAAAACUUGAAGAAGAGGUUACGAGAAGUAGAAUCUCUUGAAGAAAAAAUCAAAAACGGUACAUUAGCCAAGCCGGAACCAGAACAAUUAGUUAAAGUUAAAAGAAAAAACGAUCUCAUCCUUCAAAUUCAUGAAUUAGAAAAGCAGUUGCAAUAAGGUUAGUGUGGUAUAUUUAAUGGGGUUCUAAUGUCAAUUUUGUGAAAUGAAAUACAAGGUUUAGUGAUUACUUAAUUGAAAUUUUAUCAAAAAAUUGAUAACUUUCUUUUUUUAUGUAAUUUUGUCUUUCGUAAGUUGAAGCUUAACCAAUAUGUUCAUUUACUAAGACAAUUCAUUUAUCAGAUUUAUUAUUUUGACUUUACAUAGAUGAAAUUGUGACCUAGCUGCAUUGUGCUUCAUAGUUACCAAGUCUUAUACUUCAAAUGCUCCUGAGGGAGUUCUUCUAUUCCUUGACAUAACCAUGUAUUUUGUCAUGGACUCAUUAAUGGUUAGUCCCUUGGUACAGGAUUCCUCCUCCGGCUCGUAUCUGAGGGGUUUCUAACUCGUACCUAACACCAAGAGGUGUCUUGUGGUAUCUAUAAGUUAUCCUGUUGUUAACCUUUAUCUCACGGACUGUUUCAGUUAUUUAUUUAGCAAUAUUUUCCAAAAAUGUCCAUUAUUCCACUUUAUACACUUAUUAACUUUAUUUCUUGAAUAUUUUGUUAAAAACAGCAACAUAACAUCACUUAAAGUCAAGCAGUCAAGCCUCUUCUUGAGUUUUUGAAGUCAACCAGUACUAGCUUGGAAAUCGAUUCUUUUUUUUUUAUAUAAAAUCCUUCCAGAAAUUGUAGUGAUUUAGGUAUAAUUCGAUCUAAUUAAUUUUGAGAAAGACCAAUAAAAUGAAUUUGUACUAAACUUCAAAGUUUUCCUAUUUCGGGGCCCUCCAAUCUUGAUACAUAAUAACCCAUUAAGUAACCUUUAUACUAAAAUCUUCUUCCAAUUCAAUUUUUUAAUAACAAUGAAUUAUUUCCUCAAAUUUUAUAUAUUAUCAGAUCUAAUAUUACAAAAUUUGUGAUUUUUCUUCCUUGCAUGUGUUAAUAUUUAUAUUUUUAAUAGUCUAUUAGGAAGUCAAGUUCGAAUCAUGGAUGAAAUAAAAAUGUAAUUGCUUUAUAUUAAUUAAUAUCGUUACCAAUUGAGGCAUGGGAAUGAAAAAUGCUGUAAAUAUCAAUGAAACCCACAACGGGCAUUAAGUCAAUAAAAUUUAAACCGUUGAAAUGGUUAAAAAUGCAAAGAAAUCAGGUGAAAAUCCAAAAUAUCACCAUUUUGUUGUAUAUUUUCAAAUAUCUGCCAUACCAUUUAUUAAUUGUUGGAUGAUUCUAAAAUAUUUCACUUCAUUUUGGUGUUUUUAUACAUUUACAUGCCUCAAUUUAACAUUGUAUAUAGAAUUUUUCUCAAUUUUAUAGAAAUAUUUCUGUUUCACAACGAAAUAUCAGCUCAACAACUAAUUUGAGUGGUUUAUUUAUUAUUUUCUAUUGAUUUUUAAUUAUUUUCAACAUUUUAAAUUCAAUACACAACCAAAUAAAAAAUAAAACAAAA